AUGCGCCACUCUCUUCUUGUUGCCAAACCAAGGCGGUCACCGGGCUUGCGCUGCUGCCUUUCUUCACCUCAUGAUCAUGAUCAUCGGACAAGGACGACGACGAGACGACAGUUUAUCAAGCCCACCAGGCCUGCCUCGCUCACCGACCCGAUCCGGACGGGCCUGCACAGGAAGUAUGAGGACCCGUUUAGUGUGUUGAAGACGGCGCCGAGGGACAAUCCGGCUGUUUGGGGGUAUUAUGGGGGGGUGAGGAAGUUGGAUUUGAAGUUAGGGGUUAUUGGGCCGUUGAGGAGGAAGGGGGAGGAGGUUUUAAGGGGGGAGAAGGAGACGAAGGGGGCGGACGAGGAGCAUGAGAUUUGGAGGAGGGGGCUUGAGGGGUUGUUGGUUGGGGGCGGGGGACGGUGGAGGAUUACGGAGGAUGGGACGGGGUUGGAGAGGUAUUUUGAGUUUCGAAGUUUUGCUAAGGCGUGGGGGUUUAUGGGGGCUGUUGCGGGGGAGUGUAAGGCUAGGAGGCAUCAUCCGGAGUGGUCGAAUACUUUUAGGACGGUUUUUAUACGGUGGAGGACUCAUGAGCCGGAGAAUCAUAUUUCGAUGCUGGAUAUUGAGCUGGCGGGGUUUUGUGAUGAGCAGGCGAGGUUCUUUGGUGAGGUUAUGCCGGGGGGGGGGAACAGGAAGCCAGAGGAGAGGACGGGUACUGCUUCGGCGUCACCAAUACCGGAUGGGAAGAUUGUCAGCGGCUCGGGUGCUUCCAGCACUGCUGCCACUCCUGAGGUCACCAAGGCGGUAGCAAUACCUACUGAACUUGGCACCACCAUCAACAACACCACUAUCGAAAAACAAUCACACGAGGGACAACAAAUUGCCCCGGUCGAAGCAACUGAACAAUCUCCACCAGAGACGAGCAACGAUGCAGAGAAUACACCUAACCGAAUCGACCACCAACCAAAAGUACCAACAACACCAGACGAACAGGUGGUCGCAGACCCACCUGAGGAGAAGUCCUCUCCAGAACCACCAUCACAACAAACCAACCCCUCCCAACAGCCGCCAUCGGACGAGCAAGCGGCAAUAAACCCGCCAAAAGAGGACUCUUUUCCACAACCACCACCAUCAGAGCAAAGCGAUCACCCCCGGCAACCAGAUCAUCACCCUCCAAAAGAUAACACAUCCACAGCACGUCCCCUCGAGGAGAUUCUAAAGCUGGACUGGCAAUGUCUAGAAGAGACGGUGGCUAGGAUACGGGGGAAACCCUGCACAUUAGAAGAAGUCCGGGAAGCAGCGAGAGUAUUCGACGAGCUGGCGGCAAGGCAUCAGAGCGGGGAGUAUAGAUUCACGAGGGAACUAUCGCAGGAGAGGGUGAAAAUAGAAGAGGAGAUUACGGAUCGGCUCAAGUUUUUUAGGAGGGCGAAUCAUGAGUGGAGGCAGGCGAAGAAGAUGGAGAGGAGGUUGGUGGAGGAGAGGGGAAAUGGGUUGCAAAAACCACCGGUGUUACCGAAUGGGACGACUGGAGAGGCGGUUCAAUCACAAUUGGCAGAAGCUAGGGCAGAGGAGGGGGAGAAGAAGAAACCAUCGUCGGAGCUACGAGAACCACGAAAGGCUGAAGCAGAGCUGAAAUCACAAGCGGCAGAAGCCGAGGCGCCAGAAAAGGAGGUUGACAGGCUAGUGCUCAAGUCGCAAAACCUACGAAAAUCGGAGGCGAAGCCAGAGCAGGAAAGUGACGACGUGGCGGUGGUGGACAAAAAGAAGCCGCCAGAUCGAAUCCCUUGGUUUCAGACCAUCCUCCGCCAGUACCGCCAGCCUUGA